UUUCCAGCUGAGAGCUCUGCCUGUGUGACUGAUCCAGCCUACCGAGGGGCUGGAGAUGGCCAGACUGACGGAGAGAGAGGCGAGGAGGCAGCAGCAGCAGCAGCAUCCCCCGCAGCAGCAGCCCCGAGCCUGCCCCAUGAGCGGCCCCGAGCCCCCUUCUCAGCAGCCAGACAGCAUGAAGGACCUAGACGCCAUCAAAUUGUUCGUAGGGCAGAUCCCUCGCAACCUGGAGGAGAAGGACCUGAAGCCUCUCUUCGAGCAGUUCGGCAAGAUCUACGAGCUCACAGUGCUGAAAGACCGAUACACGGGCAUGCACAAGGGCUGUGCCUUCCUCACAUACUGUGCCAGAGACUCUGCUAUCAAAGCACAAACAGCUCUACAUGAGCAGAAGACUCUUCCUGGGAUGGCACGACCCAUUCAGGUGAAGCCUGCAGACAGCGAGAGCCGGGGAGGUGACCGCAAACUGUUUGUGGGGAUGCUGAGCAAACAGCAGUCAGAGGAAGAAGUGACUAGUAUGUUUCAAGCCUUUGGAUCGAUUGAGGAAUGUUCUGUUCUACGGGGACCCGAUGGAAGCAGCAAAGGAUGUGCAUUUGUCAAGUUCUCUUCUCAUGCUGAGGCUCAGGCAGCGAUACAUGCUCUACAUGGGAGUCAGACAAUGCCAGGAGCCUCUUCCAGCCUUGUGGUGAAAUUCGCGGACACAGACAAGGAGCGAACUCUGCGUCGUAUGCAGCAGAUGGUUGGCCAGCUGGGAAUCUUUACCCCAUCACUGGCACUGCCCAUAAGCCCAUACAGCGCCUAUGCACAAGCGCUGAUGCAGCAGCAGACAACAGUUCUAUCAACCUCACAUGGUAGUUACCUAAGUCCUGGUGUGGCAUUUCCCCCCUGCCAUAUUCAGCAGAUUGGAGCUGUCAACCUGAAUGGGCUGCCAGCGACACCCAUCACACCAGCAUCAGGAUUGCAUUCUCCACCUGUAAUCGGCACCGCAGCUGUACCUGGCUUGGUUGCACCAUUAACCAAUGGGUUUCCAGGUCUUGUACCAUUUCAUGGCAGCCAUCCUGCUUUGGACACAAUUUACACCAAUAGUAUUGUGCCAUACCCAGCCCAGAGCCCUGCACUGACAGUGGAGAGCCUGCACCCUUCCUUCACUGGGGUACAGCAGUAUUCAGCAAUUUAUCCCACAGCUGCUCUUACGCCGGUCACACACAGCACUCCUCAGCCUCCUCCUAUCCUGCAGCAGCGUGAAGGGCCAGAGGGCUGUAACCUAUUCAUCUAUCACCUGCCCCAGGAGUUUGGUGAUAAUGAGUUGACACAAAUGUUUCUGCCCUUUGGAAACAUAAUUUCAUCCAAAGUGUUCAUGGAUCGAGCAACCAAUCAAAGCAAAUGUUUUGGAUUUGUCAGUUUUGAUAAUCCAUCAAGCGCUCAGACAGCAAUUCAGGCUAUGAACGGCUUUCAGAUAGGAAUGAAAAGACUGAAAGUCCAGCUAAAGAGGCCCAAGGACACAACCCAACCAUACUGACCAUACAUAGGCCCAAAAGGCCCCUCCUGGUCAUACAGGUACACCAUGGACCUUUGACCCCCUCAGUCCUAUCCUUGAGGAUUAUGGGAAAAGAAGACUUUUUACCACUAAACACUCCCUCCCGCCCCUGAGCCUCCUGACCUUUGUCCCUCACCCACACCCAAGGACCAAAAGGUGGCUAUGGUGAGGAGCAGGAAGAACCAAGCUACCUAAACACAAGGUUGUGUCUUGUGAGUGUUCUAUGUCUGUCUGCUGAACGCCCAGGAGAAACCACCCAUAAUGGAACAGACUUGCACCUGAUGACCUCCCUCAAAUGACCAAAUAUGUGAGGGGGUACAGGGCGAUACCCAUUUCAGAGACACAUGGGGUGACUAACCCCCCUCCAUAAGAGUGGCUACAGAUUUGCAGUGCAAAGAACUAUCUGUUUACUUAUUUAUAUGAACAUAUUUAUUUAUUGGGGAGGCCCUGUGCAACCUACCACACCCAUUCCACUGCUAGAGGGCUGAGCAACGUGGGAUGGUUUGAAAUCAUUGCUAUAUUUUGUGUUUUAGAAUUUAUUUUCUUUGCGGAGGACAGGGUGUUCUGGGUGGGCAGGAGUGGAGUACAGCAGAGUUGAAAGGUCAUGUUUACAAGUCGCCCACACUUACGGGGCAAAUCCCAUUUUUCUGCUGCUCAUACACCUGGCCCCCCAGAAAAAGGGCUGGACUUUUGCAUCUGCUCCAAAACCCUGCUCUGUGUCUUUCAGGAUUGAUAAAGAAUUAACCUCUCCGUAUUGCUGCGUGGGGAGAACCUGUAUCUACAAUCAUGCCUUGUUCUCACAACAGAUUUUUUUUUGCCUCCCCUUAAUGUUAAUAAGGAGUUAAAUGGUUUUGUUAGCAAGAGUGUUUGGAUGCUUAUCUUAACAGAGAAUCUCCAACUACUUGGAACUAAUAAUCUACUGAAUUGCUGAAUACUGAAUACCAAGAAUCUUCUCCAUACUGCCACAGCUGCUUUUUCAGAAUCACAUAUAUGUCUAGUAAUUAAGGGUAUGGAGGCCUACUGCAGGAAAGAGAAGUCUGCUGUGUGGGUGCAUUUAUCAGAGAGUCUUGUAAGACUUUAGGGCUCAUUCAUGAAUGUGUAAGAGUGCAAAUGCAUAUUCUCUAAAGUCAUACCCCUACUUUGGAAACUGUUUUGUGGGUAAUUGUAUAGAUUUGUGAGCCAAGACAGAUAAGGCUUCCUUUCUGAGUGCGAGUGUACUUCCUUACAAGAUUAAGUUUUGAGGGAUGGGAUUAUUGAAAUGAGAUAAAUGGGUGAAUAAAUUACAUCGGGGCAGUCCCUGCUUUGGGAUGUACAGCCUUUUUCUGCAUAAAAUGACUUCCUGUUUACAGGAUGUUGGUGUUCAUCUGCCCUUGUUUUGUUGGGAUGAAAUUAGCACCUUCCUGUUACAUGUCUGAUAGGGAUGCAGUUAAUUUCCCGACAGUCAGGCUCCCGGCAGUUGAAAUACCAACGCUGGUUUCCUGACAACAUUCAAAAUGCCGGCGGUCGAAAUCCCGACCGCUGCCCGGUAUUCCCACUAGGAUGGUGGUCCACGCCACCACCCGAGGGUUAAUAUAAUAGUGUGGCGAGCGAAGUUCUCCACCGAGAUGAAGUUUGGCAAGCGUACACGCUGCGCUCGAUGUCUGGAUUUUGACUGCUGGGAUCCCGACUGUCGGGAAAUCCUACUGAAUCCGUCUGUUAAUAUGCUCAUAUGUAGGACAAUCAGAUGGAAUGACAAGAUAGUGACACAAUAGUUAAAGUCCCAAUAUCCCCUCACUCUUGAUGUAUGCCACAUGUAAGGCUAAACUAAUCAGUAUUUCAGGAGAAAAAUCUAAAAUGUGAAAUGAAAGAGAGGGGUAGGGGGGGGGGGGGUAGGCUGGACUUUGAAGUGACAUUUCAUUGUUUUCCAGCAUUAGUAUUAUAAUCAUAUGUAUAUACAGCGCUUACAUAUUACACAAUAUUGUAUCGCAUUGAGUCCUGCUCAAGUAGUGUUACAAAAGCAUUGUCCUUUUAGUCCACAGAAAUAAGCACAGAUUGGCUUUGGGCAUGGUGAGGCUCUGGCAGUUCCAAGUCCCAUACAGUAGACCCAACUGAAUUUACAGGUGGAUCCACAUGGUCAAGCACAGAUAUAAUUUUUUGGGUAGGAUGUUGGGGGGUGGGGGUGGGAGUGGGGUGGGAUAGACAGACUUGCAUUAAGUAAGCACCUACAAAUGCAUUCGCGAGACACACAGAGCGGACAGAUAAGAAACCGCGCGGGCCUGCAUUCUUUACAAUUUAUAAAUGAGCCUUACAAGUUGCAACUCUACCAAGCAUUCCACACUGUAAGACUACUUACUACUUAUACAAGUCAUUUGCACAUUGUACAUGCAUAGAUAAGGAAUUACAGAUGAAAUUUACCCAUAGCUACACCCAGAUAAUGCAGCCAUCUUGGGGCCUCUCAUAUUACUAAAAAGAGACAUCAUUGAUGUACUAGUGAUCUCACUAGCUCCUAGUAAAUGCUGCAAUCUCAUUAGCAGUGGUUCAGUCCACAAAAUGGCUGCAACUGCUGUGUGAGGACAACAAGUUGCUAAAAUGGCCUGCAGCACAUAGGUGUGCCAUAUAGUGAGAUGCCAACAAUAGGUCAUUAGUCAUUAAGAAGACGCAAGUGCUGUUUUUCAUUAUUAGUUUUUGUUUGUUAGUCUUUAUAAGCAGGGACUGGGAAAUUGAGUGGUAUAUCACAUUCCCAUAAUACACAGUAUUACUGUUAAGUCCAGGAGGGGCUUUUAGGAACAUGUAGGAGAAGUUAGCGGUAUGCUUUUUAAAUUGUUCUAUUAUAUUGUGGCACCACUAAGACACACAGGGUACAAAGUGGGCAGUGGUACAGAGUUCUACAGCCUUGUACAAAGAGAAGAAAAAUAGAUAGAGAUAUUUUCUUGUGGUAAUAACAUUGGGAGGUAAUGUGAAAACAACACAAUGUUUUUUUGCUAAUUUAUGAUAAAUCUUAAAUACCCCUUCCUGUUACAUAGCUAGUCCUAGAGGUGAGGUAACAGCCAGCUCCAAGAACUAGGGGCUUUGCAUCUGUGGUCACUUGUAAAUACCAUUUUUAUACUUCAAACAUUCCUUAUCUCAGAUGUGAAAAGACAAGGCCCUGGUUAAGCACAAAGAAGAAAGGGGGCUUCUGGGCUUGUUUUACCUCUCCCGAUCCUCCAGCAUAUAAUUAGGACUAAUUAUCCUCUUCUGUAAAUGCAUGGCAACAUCACCAAGUACAGGUUUCAUAAUGACUCUCCCUGGUAUCCUACUAUAGGUUAUUAUGACCUGAUGAACCAAAAUAUGCCUGGUAGGAAGGGGUUAAUUAAUUAGCACUGAUCUUUCUCUCGUCACCUCUCCGAGGCUUACAUUGCUUAGUUUACUUAUAUGGUACAGAGGAUUUUCAAGAUGGCAACCAACAUGAGCAGGUAAUCUUCAGGGCUGCCAAAGUUUAUUAAACAUAUCCUAUUAUUUUCAGUGCUAACUUGGCACCAAAAGAGUGAGCCACACAUGCAACUGUGCCUCAUAUGGGCGAGGCUUUCUUAGCAUCCUCUUCAUACCUCGCCCGGGCAGCACAUCCCGUGGUGUGUUUAAGAUUAUAUCUGUGGCAGAACUAUCCAGGUGUUCAGAAAAGCUGCCGUUUACGAAAGAAUUAAAAGUUAAUUCGUAAUGCUCCGCAUCUGUUUGCCUUUAAUGAAGAAUUAUGUACGGCC